CACAAGAAUAGUAUUUUAAUGUGGACGUAACCAAAGUCAGAAAUUUUAACCAUACAAAUUUCAUUAGCAACAAAACAUACAACAUAUCCUGCUGAGAAUAAACCAGUAACUGUAAUUCAUUAGUUUACCUUAGAUCUAGAAAAGAAGAGUUACUCAAUAGAGUUAACCAUAUUAUAUUUGUCAAACUCCAUUCGAACACCAUUAGAAAGCCGUAUUAGCGAAGUCCACUCUGGACCUCUACAUGGCUCCACGUGGUCACUCCCGCCAUGGUCAUCAUCAAACAAAGACAGUUAGAUGGGAUCCGCAUUGUACGAAGAAUUUUGUCUAAACAAAAAUAACAAUUGGUCCGCAUCCUAUGAUGUAAAAAAACCUUAUUUUUAGUCUUCUGCUCACACUAUUACUCAACAGCUCCUGUUUGUGUUUCACUUUUUUCCCAUUCAGACUCCGAGAGACAAUUUAACAAACCCAAGUGGUGAUUGGAAUUGAAUUCCUCUCUAUCUCUCAAAGAUUCAUCCUUUUUCGUUAUAGAAACACAAAAUGGGGAGGAAGCCGGUUGAUUUUUUGGCUAUGAAGACGGACCAAGAUAAAGUCACGGCUGAAUUGAUCGAUUCGGACAUCAACGAAUUGAAAAUGGCUGCCAAGAAGCUCUUUGACCAUACUACCAAAUUGGGUGGCCUUGCUGUUGGUACUUCUUUUCUCAAAUGGGUUGCAUCUUUCGCUGCCAUCUAUUUGUUGAUAUUGGAUCGAACAAACUGGAGGACCAACAUGCUAACAUCACUUUUAGUUCCCUAUAUUUUUCUCAGUCUUCCGGCUGUGCUUUUCAACUUCUUGAGGGGGGAGUUCGGAAAAUGGGUUGCUUUCAUUGCUGUUGUGCUGAGGCUUUUCUUCCCACGACAUUUCCCAGACUGGCUGGAGAUGCCUGGCUCAUUGAUACUUCUGUUGGUGGUUUCUCCUAAUCUAUUCGCUCAUACCCUGAGGGACAACUUGGUCGGAGUUAUUAUAUGCUUGUGCAUUGGUUGUUAUCUGCUGCAAGAGCACAUUCGGGCAUCUGGAGGAUUCCGCAAUUCCUUCACACAACCCCAUGGAUUUUCAAACACCGUAGGCAUCAUCCUCUUGUUGGCAUAUCCAAUCUGGGGCUUGGUUCUUCACUUCCUCUGAUUUACCCGCUAUCCAAGAUGGCAUUUCAUAACAAGUUGAUACAUUGCUCUUUUCCUUAAUUCCUCUGUAGGUCUUCCUUGUUUUCUGCUUAAAUGGAAAGUAGGAAAAGUUAGUGGGAACCCGGAAAUGUUAUAUUUCUGUAAUCUGUUACCAGAAUGAUUUCCCUCUCGAAAACCAGAAGGGUUAACUGCGUACUCCCUUGACUGUUCAAACACUCCUUAUAAGCAGAAAAGUAGCAAAAAAACCACUUGCAAGUUUUUAAGUACAGCAAUGUGUUCUCUUGUUCUCUGUUAUUGAAAAAUCAUGACGUGAUAGGCAAAAAUGUAGCUAAUUUGUUUUCGUAGUUAGAUGAGCUCGUAGUAGGAAACCUUUGAUUCCUUCUCCCGGACCUAUUAUAUCAAAAGUACCAGGAACAAUAUUUUGGUUGGCAAAAUGGAAUCGUGGACAUUUUGUUAAUCCAUGUCUUCCUUCGAUCAAAAAAAUAGUCAAUAUUGUUUAAUUGAGACAGUAAACUGUAUCAUUUAUAAAGUAGACUAUUUCUGUG